AUGGGUGCUAUUCAGAUUAAGCCGAAAUACGACUGGGACAAAUACAAGUUUAUAUCAAACUUGGGCGAAGGUGCUUUUGGUGAAGUGUUUUUGGUGAACAGUUGUGAAGACAGAAAGAAUUAUGCUUUGAAGAAGAUAAAAUGUGAAACAAAUGAUGAUCUUGAACAUGUGACGGAAGAGUUGAAAGCGGUGAGUCGACUGGAACAUCCAAACAUUGUGAAAAUAGUAGAGACACUUCAUGAACAGCAACACAAUUUCUCAGCAGAUAUCUACAUCAUUCUUGAGUACUGUCCUCGAGGAACUUUAACACAAAGAUUGUCAAAACCGUACAAUGAAGCCAAACAACUUAAAUGGUUGAAACAACUGUCUUAA